AUGGCUGUUGCGCAUGAAGACCCCGCUGCCUCCGCCUGCAUCGAUACCAAAUCUGCUGCAACAAAAUGGGUACAUCGUACCAUUUUGCCGGCUGUCUCUGCAUCCACAGACCAGACGCCAGGUCGCAUCUUGAAGAAGAAACUGCGUUCUAAAGCCACAAAGCUUUUCUCAACGUCGAACGCGUCUUCAUCGAAGCGACUGUGCGUGGAGGUGGUGGGUGCACGCAACCUCGAGAGCCCUCAGUCUGUAGACGCCUACUGCGUCGUGGAGCUAUGCGAUAUCAAGCCCAAGACGGCGCGCGGACGUCCGCGUCUCGCCGCAUCCCCCAGUUUUCGAUCUUCGACGGUGACGGAUUCGAAGAGUCCCACAUGGAGUCAUGUGGCCGAAUUCGUGGUUCCUGCUCGACCUGCGAGUGUGAGACUUCGAGUGCAGCUCUUCAGUGAGAAGAACUUUUUCUUCGACAUGUUCCCAACUAACAGCAGUUCGUUCGAUGAAGAAGGCGAGAAAAACAGAAACCAAAUUGACUAUCCUGCGAAAGAACAUUCAGUACUAAGGCCACAGAUUUAUAUAAAUGGGAGCAAAGGGAUAUACGACAGUGACAGUGACGAUGUCGUCACGCUCUCAGAGGAGGAAGACGAAAAUGACGAGUUUGCCGAUGACGACGACGUCUGGCCUGUGAUUGAAGAGAAAAUUGCUGCGACGACGGAGAGUAUUGAUGAUGAGAUGCUAGGCGCUGUGGAGAUUAACUCCAACUUAUUAUGUAAACCGUCGAGAGUCGCGACGGACUCGUGGUACAGUCUAGGUGGCACGAGAACGGGGGAGGUGCGGAUUCGUACCGUGUGGUAUGAGCGAGCGAAGAGAGCGCUCACAGCACAGGAUCGAGAGGUGCUGUUUGAGGAGCAUGUGAGUCAUUUUAUGGCCAAGCCUGUGAGUGACUUCUACGGGUUUAACAUACCGGAAUCUGCGCGCAAGGAAUGGGUACACUUGCGUUCGUAUCAAGAUUGUCGAGAAGAGAGACGUGUUGAGGACUGGACUAAAAUCUAUGGCACUCAGUUUCCUGAGCGUCUUCGACGCUGCUCGUACAAGGAGAAAGACACAGAGGAGAAGGCGCUCCUUAUACAGCUCGCUCGGGCUGGAAUCCCGCGGCACUUACGAGAAUGUGCAUAUGUGAACCUUUCUGGUGCGGGGGAGAAGCAGGCCAAUGCAGGACCGAGUUAUUACGCAGAGCUGGUGAAGAAAGCUGAGACGAUGGAGACGGAGACGUUCCGUCAAAUUGAGCUGGACAUUGAUCGUACAUUUGGUCACUCGGGAACGAAACUUUGCUCCGAGUCAGGACGCGAUCAGCUGCGCCGUAUUCUCCAAGCUUAUUCUCUUCGCAACCCGUCGGUUGGAUACUGCCAAGGACUGAACUUUAUUGUGGCGUUUCUGAUGUUAAUCGCGGAUGAAGAAGUGGUUUUCUGGCUUUUGAGUGUCUUUUGCGAAGAUUUAUACCCUGGCUACUACUCCCCAGCGAUGAGUGAUAUUCAGAGAGACAUGCUGGUACUAAAGCAAUUGAUCGCUGAGGAGCUUCCUCAACUGGACGAGUUCGCGUUGGACGUUGGUCUACCGCUGGAGCUUCUGGGGUCGCAGUGGUUGCUGUGUUUGUUCACAACGACAUUCCCGAGUGAGACGGUGUUCCGUAUCUUCGACUGCAUCUUCACCGAAGGUUCAUCUUUUGUGUUCCCUGUCAUCAUGGCGCACUUGAGGCGGAUGGAACCCAAAUUACUGGACUUGGUUGAGUUCCAUGACGUGCUUUCGUCGAUUAAAGACACGGAGAGUGCCUGCAUCGAUGGCGAUCUGUUCAUGAGUGCGGUAUUUAAGGAAACCGAAAGUAUCACAGCUUUUCGAGUGCAAAGACUUCGGCAGCAACAGUGUGGGUCGGUACGCAGCGAAAUGGAAAGAGCUGAACGCGCCCGUGCUUUUAACCAGCAACUCGCUGUCGUUUAUCAGAUCCCUGCGUUUUCGAGUUAUGCUGCGGGAUUGUUUCGCUUUUUUCACGAGGAAGCGGAAGGAGCUUCACGCUCGGAUGUGGCCUUUGUAUUGACGAUGCUCUGUCAUGGGCUCGUGUGGCUGGCAGAACACUCCAAGCGAUGGAGCUAA